GUUCAUUAGUUGCUGAAUGGACGUUAUCGCUUACAUGCCGAACUCUCGCGACAACAUACCUGAGCGGGUUUGCUGGCGGUGUCACCUGAGGCUCGGGACAGGAGCAGGAGGAGACUGGGACAAGAGUGAGGAUGUCUUUGAAUGAAGAGGGUUAUGUGGUCCGGAUCAGAGGACUUCCCUGGUCCUGCACGCAGGAGGAGGUGGCCAGUUUCUUCUCUGACUGUGACAUCGUGGGAAAAGUAAACGGAGUGUGUUUCACCUACUCUAAAGAAGGGCGUCCCAGUGGAGAGGCAUUUAUCGAGCUGAAAACUGCCGAGGAUUUUAAGAAUGCCCUCGCCAAGGACCGUAAAUACAUGGGACACCGAUACAUAGAAGUGUUCAAGUCGAACCGCAGUGAGAUGGACUGGGUGCUGAAACGUAGCGGUCCUGCUGACUAUGACAGCUGCAGUGGCUGCAUGCUCAGACUUAGAGGCCUGCCCUUUGGCUGCAGCAAGGAGGAGAUUGUUCAGUUCUUCUCAGGGUUGAGAAUCGUGCCAAAUGGGAUUACUCUGCCAGUGGACUACCAGGGGAGGAGCACAGGGGAAGCCUUCGUGCAGUUUGCCUCAAAGGAGAUAGCAGAAAAGGCUCUGGGGAAACACAAGGAAAGAAUAGGGCACAGGUACAUAGAGAUUUUUAAGAGCAGUCGUAAUGAGAUCAGAGCCUACUAUGAGCUGCCCCGGCGGGGAAUGGGAGGCCAGAGACCAGGGCCCUAUGAUAGACCCAUGAUGGGGGGCCCCAGGGGAGGGUUUUUUGGGCCCGGGCCUGGUCGUGGCGGGGCUCUCAUGGACACCAUGAGGAGUGGAGGAGGUUAUGGAGGAGGUUACGGUGGCUUUGACAACUACAAUGGCUUUAACAACUACUGUUUUGGCAACGGCAUGUUUGAUGAUCGAGUGAGAGGAGAGAGGGGAGGAAGAGGGAUGGGAGGUUACAGUGGUCAAAGUGACACUGGCUCGGGCUUUCACAGCGGACAUUUUGUCCAUAUGAGGGGCUUACCUUUCCGUGCCACAGAGGGAGACAUCGCUAAAUUCUUCUCUCCUUUGAAUCCAAUGAGGGUCCACAUCGACAUGGCUCCUAACGGCAAGUCGACUGGAGAGGCAGAUGUGGAGUUUCGCUCCCAUGAAGAUGCUGUGGCAGCCAUGUCCAAAGACAAAAACCACAUGCAGCAUCGUUAUAUUGAGCUGUUCCUGAACUCAACAUCCAGCGGAGCAGCUGAAAUGAGCCGUGGUGGUUACUAUGGUAACUCAGGAGGAGGCGGAGGCUCCCGGAGCAGUGGGCUGAGAGGUGCAUACUGAUGAUGUCAUCCAACUCUUCCAAUCCAUCCUGGCGUCUGUCUCACGUCUUAUCAGGCCACAUUUAAUCGUUUGGUGUUUCAAAGCAGGAAAGCUGAUGUGAAGUUACUCAUUUGUUACAUGACAAAUGCUUUGGUUUUUUUUUUUUGAAGUGCAGAUUUGUAGUACAACUUGACACAAUGUCAUACCAAAUAUGACCUGAAUGAGCACUACUUUCACACCAUUCCUGAAAGCAUAUGAAGAACAAAAUACACAACAGCUUGUCAAUGAUAAAAUGUUGCAGCUGUUGCAGGUGCUGAACACGCUUUAUGAGUCAUGUUCGCAUUUACCUUUUAUUUUUUUAAAGCAACUGAAUAUUGUACUAUAGUUUAUUGUAAUUAACAUGAAUAAAAAAACAUGUAGUUGCUACAGAAAGAUACAUUUUUGUUUGCAAAGUGGUUAGAUUUCAGAGACUUCCAGAUUUGUGAGUUAAAAAUGUUAUAUGGAAUCUGUUUGAGUUUUUAUUUUCAUUGGGAUGCACUUUAAUUUAGUUUCAGUACCAAUGCAGCAGGGAGACACAACUUCAUCCCUCUAAUUAACAGCUGUAGUUUUUGUUUGAUGCAUAUGAAAAUAUGGAGGCACUGGACUGUCAGGACCGAGCACGGUCACCUGGAAUAUAAUCAUUUUAACUUUGCUUUGAAUCGGUGAUAUAAGGAGUUGGAUGAUUACAAGCCUUUCUCUUAGUAAGAAGUUCAUAUGUUUAUAUAUAAAAAAAUAAUCUUUGUUGUUGUAGCUCAACAUACUUUCAGAACACCAUCCUGAUACACUGACUCAAAUAGGACUUCAGAUCAGCUUUCCUGGUAUGAAAUGUUUCUAAAUGUGUGCCAGUGUGUUUUUUUAUGAAUGUUUUCACAAUUCAUUACAGAAUUUAAAACUGAGUUGAAUAUUAUAUUCCACUCUCAAAGAGUGGAAGUAAAAUAAAGUCUAUAUUUGAGCUGUAAGAUAGCUUAUGCAGCUGUUGUACAUUUUGCCUAAUAAAUUUUAUAUUUAAUUGUC